UGUGUCUCCCUCUCAGCCUCUCUCCCGCCAUUCCUUAAAACACCGUAAAUCAAAAACACUAUACCAAAAAAAAAAUCAAGCUCGAAAAUGGCAACUAUUUUGUCAACAAACCCACUUGCUAAUCGACUAAUUCCUUCAAAUUCACACCGCUAUUCGUGUUACUUGCAUGGAACAAUGAGAAUUGGGCAAACGGGGAUUCACAUUAACAAAAGUUAUUCAAUAUCUUUAAUGGGUUCAUGGCAAUUCAGCAAGAGGAGAAAUUUCAUAUGUGCAGUCAGUAAAGAUGCUGAGGAAUCUUUCAAAAAGACGGUGGAGGUGGAUAGGCUUAUAGAUACACUGAGGGAGGCAACUGAUAAGGAACUGCCACAGCUAGUUGUGGAGAACGUUCUCGCUUUCAACGAGAGCUUUUGGAUAAGACUUGCAGCUAGAGCAGACACCUGCAAAUCCGACGAUGACAAAAAAGACUAUGAAGAGCUGGCAUUGACAGUAAUGAACAUCGUAGAUCGUCUUGUUCACAAGACAAAUGAAAAGAUAGAGGCAUCUACUGACGUGCUCAAAGCAAUCCUAAAACCUGUGGUUGAUGAAGUGGAAGAAAUUUCUUGGCCUCUUAGGGAUCCUGAGGCUCUCAAUCUUAUGGAGAAAGAAAUAAAUCUAAGGGAGCAAGAAGGCCAACUUGAUGAAGGGUUCCUCGCAGAAGUCAAUGCACAGCUGCGGCAAGCUAAAAAAGAUGGGGACAAGCCAGGACUUGAAGCUAUGUUACAAAAGGUUUUGCAAUUGUAUGCUUCCAGAUUGCUGUCAAAGCGAAGUUAUGCAAAAAAAGGAAAUGAAGUGUUGAAAGCUGAACAGUUUCUGGAGACCAUUAUCAAAGCACCAGAGGAAGAAUGGAACAAGCUCUUGCUAGAUGGCUUGACGAUUGGAAAAGGUGAUAUUUCGCCUGAGGAAUUGUAUGCUGUUAUUAAGAAGAGAAUGGAACGGACUUUGAUACGUACGGAGGGUGGCUCGUACCAGCAGCGAGUUCUGAUUGAGUAUCUGAAAGGUAUUGAGUCAAGAGCAGGGGAGAUUGUCAGAGUACUCCAAGGUUGAAACAUGGUAGUAAUUGCACCUGGAGGUACCAUAAGCCCACAUUCUUUAUAUGAAAAACAUGAUGAUAUGCAGACAUAUAUUAUCACUUCUUUACCAUACAUUACUGAGCCGCAGCCUUUAUAAGCAAUCUGAGAACCACAAUCACAUCCCUGAGCUAUGACGUCCACGAUGUGGCUGAUCGUGUUUAACGUCUUCCAUUUUUGUCCGAUCAUCAUAUCAUCUUUUUUGUUUUUCUUUCUCCAAUCAUGUCUUGUUUUUAUUCAAUUUCUCUUCUCGUGUCUCAUGUUUGGUCCCUUGUACAUUCUUUAACCUGUAAAUCCGGAAUGACAAUUUUUGCUGAGUGCAAUACCGAAAUGUGGCUCUGCAGUUUUUGCAAUUUUUAAAUUGGAUAGCAUGGCCUGUAUCUAUCCGUUGUGAACUGGUGGAACUGUAGUCCAUGUCCGAUGUUAAUGAAAUAAAUCAAUUGGUUUGGCUUCCA